AUGAUUCGCAACAUUGCUCUUCUGGCUCUUGCUGCCAGUCCGGCCUUUGCCGGUAUUGCCCAGCCCGUCCCCGACAGGGAGAUUGAGAACUGGGGUUCGGAGUGGAACCGCCCUAGUGGAGGUCACUACUCCUGGUCGUCGACCGAGUGCACCACCAGCACCACCGAGACCAGCACCACCCCGACCAGCACCCACACCCACACCAAGCCUCACCACACCACCAGCACCAGCACCCACACCAAGCCUCACCACACCACCACUCACACCCCGGUGAAGCCUGGUACCACCAAGACCAUCACCAUUGUGACCACCACCUGCCCUGUCUCUUCGUCUGUUGUCACCUCUGGCUCCAAGACCAUGACCGUGCCCGUCACCGGGACUAGCACUAUCACCAUCACCCAGACUACUGUCUGCACCUUGUGCGAGGAGAAGCCCAUGACCUUCCAGAACUCUACCAUGCCCCCCACCAAGGCACCCACUGCCCCCGUUGUGAUUCCCACCUCUAAGGCUGUUCCCGAGUCCUCCAAACCCGCCGUCCCUGUUGAGUCCCAGCCCGCCGUCCCUGUUGAGUCCCAGCCCGCCGUCCCUGUUGAGUCCCAGCCCGCCGUCCCUGCUGAGUCCCAGCCCGCUGUUCCCAAGCCCGCUGUCCCUGUUGAGUCCCAACCCGCUCAGCCCGUUGAGUCCCAGCCCGCUGAGUCCCAGCCCUCUACCCCCGCUGAGGCCCACCCUUCUGCCCAGGCCAGCUCCGUUCCCUUCACCGGCGCUGCCUCGGCUGUCAAGCCCGCUGCUGGCCUCCUGGCUGGUGUUGUCGGUCUCAUGGCUCUCCUGUAA